CUGCGGGAUUCGGAGGCUUGAGGGCGGGCACAGUGCGGCCCAAGCUGCCGGAGCGAGCACGGAUCAGCUGGCGAUACCUGCCGGAGCUUCACUUGGGUCGUUGUUCUCCAGGGGGCAGCUUGCGGGGUUCCGCUCACUGAAAGAACCUCCCGAGCGGCGCCAUGGAGGACGGCAAGCCUGUGUGGGCGCCCCACCCGACAGAUGGCUUCCAGCUGGGGACCAUCGUGGACAUCGGCGCCGACAGCCUCACCAUCGAGCCGCUCAAGCAGAAGGGCAAGACCUUUCUGGCUGCCGUCAACCAAGUCUUUCCUGCAGAGGACGACGUCAACAAGCAUGUGGAGGACAACUGUUCCCUCAUGUACCUCAACGAAGCCACGCUGCUCAACAACGUGCGCGUCAGAUACAGCAAGGACAAAAUCUAUACGUUUGUGGCCAACAUCCUGAUCGCCGUCAACCCGUACUACGACAUUCCAAAGCUUUACUCACCGGAGACCAUCAAGCAGUAUCGUGGAAGGUCGCUAGGCACGUUGCCGCCGCACGUCUACGCCAUUGCUGAUAAGGCCUACAGGGACAUGAAAGUUCUGAAGAUGAGCCAGUCCAUCAUCGUCUCAGGGGAGUCUGGCGCCGGGAAGACAGAAAACACCAAGUUUGUUCUCAGGUACCUGACAUCAUCUUACGGGACGGGCCAGGACAUCGACGAGAGGAUAGUGGAGGCCAACCCGUUGUUGGAGGCCUUCGGGAACGCCAAAACUGUGCGCAACAACAACAGCAGCCGCUUUGGAAAAUUUGUGGAAAUCCACUUCAAUGAAAAGAACGCCGUGGUGGGCGGCUUUGUGUCCCACUACCUGCUGGAGAAGUCACGCAUCUGUCGGCAAAGCUCAGAGGAGAGAAACUACCACAUCUUCUACCGACUGUGUGCCGGCGCUCCCGAGGACAUUCGCCAAAAGUUUUACCUCAGCUCACCCGACACGUUUAGGUACCUGAACAGAGGAUGCACUCGCUUCUUUGCCUCCAAAGACACAGACAAGCAGAUCCUACAGAACCGCAAGAGUCCCGAGCACAUCAAGUCGGGACCCCUGAAGGACCCGCUGCUGGACGACCAAGGAGACUUCCAUCGCAUGAUUGUGGCCAUGAAGAAGAUCGGCCUGGACGACACGGAGAAGCUGGACUUGUUCCGAGUGGUGGCGGGCGUGCUGCACCUGGGCAACGUGGACUUUGAGGAGGCUGGAAGCACCUCGGGCGGCUGCGCCAUCAAGAACCAGUCCAGCCAAGCGCUGGACCGCUGUGCCGAGCUGCUGGGCCUGGAGGACGAAGACCUGAGAGUCAGCCUCACCACCAGGGUGAUGCUGACCACAGCAGGGGGCACCAAAGGAACGGUCAUCAAGGUUCCUCUGAAAGUGGAGCAGGCCAACAACGCCCGGGACGCGCUGGCCAAGGCGGUGUACAGCCGUCUCUUUGACCACGUGGUCACCAGGGUCAACCAGUGCUUCCCUUUCGACUCAUCUGCCAACUUCAUCGGGGUCCUGGACAUCGCCGGCUUCGAGUACUUUGAACACAACAGCUUUGAGCAGUUCUGCAUCAACUACUGCAACGAGAAGCUGCAGCAGUUCUUCAACGAGCGUAUCCUCAAGGAGGAACAAGAACUGUACCAGAGGGAGGGGUUAGGAGUCAACGAGGUCCACUAUGUCGAUAACCAGGACUGCAUAGACCUGGUGGAGGCCAAGGUGCUGGGCAUCCUGGACAUCCUGGAUGAGGAGAACCGCCUCCCCCAGCCCAGCGACCAGCACUUCACUGACACGGUCCACAACAAACACAAGAACCACUUCCGCCUAACCAUACCCAGGAAGUCCAAGCUGGCUGUCCACAGGAACGUAAGGGACGAUGAAGGAUUUAUCAUCAGGCACUUUGCUGGAGCCGUCUGCUACGAGACGACAAAGUUUGUGGAGAAGAACAACGACGCCCUGCACAUGUCUCUGGAGAGUCUGGUCAGCGAGUCCAAGGACAGCUUCGUCCGCCAGCUCUUUGACACCUCCAACAAUAGCAAAGACGCCAAGCAGAGGGCGGGAAAACUCAGCUUCAUCAGUGUUGGCAACAAAUUUAAGACUCAGCUCAACAUCCUGCUGGACAAACUUCGCAGCACGGGCUCCAGUUUCAUACGCUGCAUCAAACCCAACUUGAAGAUGGUCAGCCACCAGUUUGAGGGAGCUCAGAUCCUCUCACAGCUACAGUGCUCAGGUAUGGUCUCCGUACUGGACCUCAUGCAGGGCGGCUUCCCCUCCAGGGCUCCCUUCCACGAACUCUACAAGAUGUACCAGAACUACAUGCCCCCCAAACUGACUCGCCUUGACCCACGCUUGUUCUGCAAGGCAUUGUUCAAAGCUCUCGGACUUGAUGACAACGACUACAAGUUUGGACUGACCCGAGUCUUCUUCCGUCCCGGCAAGUUUGCGGAGUUCGACCAGAUCAUGAAAUCUGACCCUGAUCACCUGGCAGAACUGGUAAAGAAGGUCAACACCUGGCUCAUUCACAGCCGCUGGAAGAAGGUUCAAUGGUGUGCGCUGUCGGUCAUCAAACUGAAGAACAAGAUCUUGUACAGGACCAGUGCUUGCAUCAGCAUGCAGAAGACAGUGCGCAUGUGGCUUUGCAAGAAGAAGCACAAACCUCGGAUCGACGGCCUGGUGAAGGUGCGCCACCUGAAGGAGAGGAUGACGCGCUUCAACGAGGUGGUGGCGGGCCUGAAGGAGGGCAAGGAGGAGAUGAGCAAACAAAUCAACCAGCUGGAUGCCGCCAUCGACGCCCUCAUGCUCAAAAUCAAGCGCACCAUCAUGUCCCGCCUGGACAUCGAGCACGAGUACCGGGCGCUGGUGACACGCUCGGAGCAGCUGCUGACGGCCAUGCAGAACAAGAAGAAGGAAGAGGAGGAGCGCGAGCGUCUGCGGCGCAUCCAGGAGGAGAUGGAGAGGGAGAAGAAGAGGAGGGAGGAGGAGGAGCAGCGUCGCAAGGAGGAGGAGGAGGAGAGACGUCUCAAAGCUGAGAUGGAGCUGAAAAGAAAGCAGGAGGAGGAGGAGAGGAAGACGAGGGAGGAGGAGGAGAGGAAGCUGCAGAUGGAGAUGGAGCUGCAGCUCCAGGCCGAGCGGGAAGAGGAGCUGGCCCGCCAGGCGGUCCUGGAGCAGGAAAGGCGGGACCGCGAGCUGGCGCUGAGGAUCGCCCAGAGUGAGGCGGAGCUUAUCCCCGACGAGGCUCAGAAUGACGCCGCCCUUCGCAGUACCGGAUCCUCGGUUCCGUCCUCUCCAGAACGAGCAGCCGGCGCCGCGGGUCUGAAAGUGAAGAGUUUGACCAUGGAGGAGAUGGCCCAGGAAAUGACUGAGCUGCUGGCGAGAGGUCCUCAGGUGCAAGCGUCCAAAGCCGUCGCCAAAAAGUACGAGCUGAGCAAGUGGAAGUACGCGGAGCUGCGGGACGCCAUCAACACUUCCUGUGACAUCGAGCUGCUGGCCGCCUGCAGGGAGGAGUUCCACCGCCGCCUGAAGGUCUACCACGCUUGGAAGUCCAAGAACAAGAAGAGGAACACCACCGACGCCGACCAGAGGGCUCCCAAAUCCGUCACCGACUACGGUCAUGCGCCUCCUGUGAGAAAAGCACCCCAGCAGAACCCGGCACCCCCGGUCCCGGCCCGCCAGUACGAGGUGGCCAUGACCCGGCAGCAGCGCUACUUCCGCAUCCCGUUCAUCCGGCCGGGAGAGCAGUACAAAGACCCCACGAGCAAGAAGAAGGGUUGGUGGUACGCCCACUUUGACGGGCCCUGGAUCGCCCGGCAGAUGGAGCUGCAUCCCGACAAGCAUCCCAUCCUGCUGGUGGCGGGAAAAGACGACAUGGAGAUGUGCGAGCUCAGCCUGGACGAGACGGGCCUGUCCCGGAAGAGGGGGGCCGAGAUCCUGCCCAGGCAGUUUGAGGAGAUCUGGGAACGCUGCGGUGGGAUCCAGUACCUCCGCAGCGCCAUCGAGAGCCGGCAGGCGCGGCCCACCUACGCCACCGCCAUGUUGCAGAGCAUGUUUAAAUGAGGCCCCCCCCUACCCCCCAACCCCCGGGCCUCUAGCCAAGGGACCAGACAGCAAGCUAAUGAGCUAACGCAGGGAAUCGUGUUUAUUUUCCUUUCUUGUCCUUUUUCUUCUUCUUUCUUGCUGCCUUCUGCUUCCUGGGAGGUUGUGGAGCCAGGCGGGCAAAAUAACGAAGACGUCUACUCGUUUUCUGUAACGACGAGGCCUUAAGUCUACAUGGACAUCACCCUAGCGAGCGUUGCUAAUUGGCGUCUAAUCGUACUUAUUUCUUCAUUCUAAUCAUUCCUUUUCAUUAAUGAUGAUUAUUAUGAUUAUGCAACACGGCGGCCCAUUCACACAAACAUAAACAGCUGCACACGAUGCUAACGUUAGCAUGGUGAUGCUAUCCAGCUGCUGUCCUUGCUAAUACUCGCCGUAUUGGAAUCAGGACUCUCUCUUGGAUAUACGCGGUUCGUGCUAGCUAGCAGCUGGCUACAUUAUCAUUAGCAUUAGCAACAACAGUGUGAUCUUCUUCAACAGGGAAACUCAUGUAAAAAAUCAAUCACUUGAUAGCUUCGCCGUCACAUGAUUAGUUCUGACAUCUUUGUGCCGACCGAGCGCUGGUCAGGUACCUCGUGAGCCAUCUUUGGAACUGGAAGCACACUGGAUCUUUUUUCUACAGCCUAAGGCCCGCUAGUUUGUUUUGGAAAGAGAUUUAGCAAUAAGCUAGCGCGAGCGAUGUGCACGUGAAGCCACGUCGUCCCCUUUUCACGAGACACUUUGAAACGGGCCUCACCGGCCUGAAGCACGCCUCAUGAGCAUCACGCCUGUGUCUGUGUCGCCGACGCCAAAUGAAGGCGGGGUGCCAUGAAGGGGCCGCUGCCAUGUUUCACCCCCACGCGUGUCUCACGUCCUCCGCUCUCGUUCCUCUUCAAUAAACGCACUGGUGUUUCACCUGGACUUGUGGGUGUCUUUCUAAAUGUGUCUUGCUAAGGCGAGACAGAAAGGACA